AUUCUCGACGUACCACGUGAAACGGAAGUGCGUGAUCUGAUUACAACAGUCGAACUUUGUAAGCGCUACAUUUUUUGGAGUUUUCCUUUGUUUUGUUUCAAUUUUUGUGGGGUCGGCAAUGUAUAUUUAGCCACAUUAGCGAUAGAAUCGGUACAAAUACUUUAAAAUGGCCAAAGAAAAGCGGCACAGGAGAAGAGAAUCUCCGGAGCGGGAGCUUAAGAUAAAGCAGGAGAAGCUGAGCCCUGCUAGGCCACAGAGAUCACGCCGCUCCAGGUCGAGAUCCAGCGGCAACUCAAGUCCACAGAGGAGAAGAACAAGCAGGUCUCCUGCCAGGACAAGGGACCGCUCACCGGGCAGAAGAGAAACCUCUCCCGCCAGACAAGGAGGCAGCAGAUCUCCCAGAAACAGGAGAAGUCGCAGUCCCCAUCGUGGUUCUGAUGCCAAAAUAAAGCGGGAGCGGGAUGAGCAUCGCACUAGCGGUGAUGAGCGGAGGAGGAGAAACGACCAGCCAGAGGAGAGGCGGAGCAGGUGGGAAACAGACAGACCACGGGAGAGAGACCGUGGCGGAGACCGACACAGAGAACGAGAGGCGCUCACCUCCCAACAAGCUGAGCGACAGCAGCACAAUGAGCGGCGCAGGGAAAACCACCAGCGGCGUGAAGAGAACCAAGAACAUGAUUUUGGACAGUCCGAGGGAGGGAGGGAUGACAAAGAUGCUCCUCCUGUUGAGAAGGAGAUGCCCAACUUUGAACUGUCAGGGGCACUCACAGAAGAUACCAACACAUUCCGAGGGGUGGUUAUCAAGUACAACGAGCCACCUGAGGCUCGCAUUCCUAAGCGCAGAUGGCGACUGUACCCUUUCAAGAAUGAUGAACCCCUUCCAGUCAUGUACAUUCACAGACAGAGUGCCUAUUUACUCGGGCGACAGAGAAGAAUUGCUGAUAUCCCCAUCGACCAUCCAUCCUGCUCCAAGCAACAUGCAGUAUUCCAGUAUAGACUGGUGGAGUUUAAACGUGCAGAUGGCACCACCGGCCGCAGGGUAAGGCCUUACAUCAUUGACCUGGGUUCUGGCAAUGGCACCUACCUGAACAACCAGCGCAUCGAUCCCCAGCGCUACUAUGAGCUCAAAGAAAAAGACGUUCUCAAGUUUGGCUUCAGCAGCCGCGAGUACGUCCUCCUGCAUGAGUUCUCCGACACAAGCGAGGUGGACGCCAAGCAGCAGGAGGAGGAGGAGGAGGAUGAGGGCCUCGACGAGUAAAUUUAUCCCAGAAACUGUAUUGCCUAAGUUCUUUCAGGUUAGAUUACAUCAUCAUAAAUGUUCAACAAACAUCAGUUUCUGCAGGGAGUGGAACAACGACCUAAACUGGUAAAUGUGGGACUUUAUUAGAAUGAUGGAACAAGGCUGGUUUGUGUAUUCUGUAAUUACUGAACUAUUGCUUAAACCUGCCACAACUGUCUCAAAGAAGACUUCCUACUCUCAGGUUGUUUGUGCAAUGUCUGUGUAAUGCAUGACUGAUCUCUCAUCUGACAGUGCUCAUAAUAAAAAGUGCUCAGUGCCAGAUAACGAUAUCUUGCUAUAUACAAUAGUUCAUUUUAUAUUUUUGGAUCACAGCACUGAGUACAAAGUAUACCUGAAGACUGGUCUCUUGUCAAAGUCCAGGCUGUAUAUGUCAAUGUACAUGAUAAUGUGGAAUGUGAACUUAAGUUUCAUGUUUGAUAAGCUUUGCUUAUUGUCAGAGUAAACAUACAUACAACAUGUAAUGAUCUUGCCUUUUUUGCUUUGUAGUGCAGGGAAAAUAGUUGAUGUUGUGUGUAUUUAAAGACUUCCCCCUUUUAUUUUUGUCUGUUCAUAGGCCCACAGCAUUCAUAGUAAAUUUCCAUUUUUGUACUGUAAAUAAAGACGGAAAUUUC